UGAAGGGAGAUUUUUGUUUGUGUUGCCUUGAAGUAGUAUAAGAACAAGAAUUUUAGACUUAAUUGACUUUGCUCCUAACCAAGCACAUGUUUUAGGUAAGUUGCUCACCAUCUCUUAAUUUUCCCCAUUACUAUAAUGAGUAGAUCAAAAUAGCUAUUUUUGGUUCCUCAUUUACUGUCAUUUAGCAGGUACAUCACUUGCAGGAUUCCAACAACUUUAUGUGGUUAUGUAGCUUUGUCCCCAUUUGACACGAGCUGACUAAGAUUUGAUGAAACAGCUAUUUUGAGGACGUUCUCCUAGUGAUGACAGUGUCUGGAUUCCAAGUCAUGUCUGACUGGUGCUUCCCUAAUGUGGUACUACCUCUUACUGUGUUGGUUCAGUGGUUUUCUGAUCUGAAUUUCAGGUGGUUUUAAGUGUCAGAGUGGUCAGACGUCUUACGCAGGUGACUGCAGUCCUGUUAGAUCAGUGAGAAAAUCAGGGCUGUCUGUGAUUUGGUUGUUAGUACCUUAAGGCAGCUCUGGAAGAGGCCUGGCUUUAGCUGGUCAGAGUGUAGAGUUGGGGGAGGAGAAGGCCAGGGGCGGGGAAGGGCGACUACUGCUCCCGGCAUUCCGCGGGCCGGCGCCUCCUCUCCCUGCGGAGGUGGCUGUCACGUGGGCGGGACCAGACGACAUUCCACCGCUGCAGUGUAAGAGUGGGUCCUGGUAUCGUGGAGCAGAGGGAACACUGGAGACCGAAGGGCUCCCCUGAUACUGACAGUUCCAAGACAAAACCCCACUAGAAUUUGUCUUUCACAACCGAUCCCUCCCCACCCCCACCUCCCUACGGCACAAAGGGAAAACAAGUCACUGUAUAAUCUUUGUUUCCUGGGUCCAAGGGAAGCAUGAGUGUGUUGGGAGUUGGGACAAGAAGAAAAUAAGAUAUCUUCACAAAGAAACCCAGGCACUAAAAAAAAGUAGUCCAAACUGAAGAGAUAGAGCACAACCAUGACGGACAGUGGACUUAGGGAUCCUCCAGAGGACUCUCAUUUGGAAAAUGAUCCAUCAGUGAAUUCUAAGGAACAGGAAACCACAGUCACAGCAAGUUCCACUGAAGAAGCUCAGACCCCAUGUCCUGCCUCUGGUCUUAAAGAUCACCAAAAGCUAGAGGCAGAAGGUCCAGAGAGUCAAGGUACAAGCGAAAAAUCAGAAAAUUCACAUGAAGCAAAUGUUGAAAAAUAUCCAAAAGAUAAAACAGAGGAUGAAAACAAACUGAGUUUUCAGGAUGGGGAACAAAAGGAUCACCUCCCUUCAGAAAAUCUGGGUAAAGAACCCUUGGACCCAGAUGCUAAUUGUUUUCCUUGUGACAAGGAAAGAGCAGAUGCAGACUUGGGAAGCAGCUCUACCUCUCUUCCUGAGGAAGUAAAGGACAGAACAGAAGCUUCUCAGGUGCCAUCUACCACAGACCUUCAGGAGGCCCAAAGUCCUGGUCAUUCCAAAGAAAAGAGUCAGGAUUCACUGAGGAGGCGACAGCCUGCACCAGAGACUGAAAGUCAUAAUCAAGAAACACACACAUUGGGAGAAAACAAAAAGACUGAACAGAAUACGAUAAAAAAGAUUAAGAAAAAGAGUUUUUGGAACUACGGCUCUAUAGUUUUUGGUUGCCUGGUGGUUGUGUUUUUUGUGCUGAAGUUUGUUAAUAGCUACUAUUCAUCUCCAGCCCAGCAAGUGCCUCAAAAUCCAGCUUUGGAGGCUUUCUUGGCUCAUUUUAGCCAAUUAAAGGAUAAAUUUCCAGGCCAGAGUUCCUUCCUGUGGCAGCGAGGACGUAAGUUUCUCCAAAAGCACCUCAAUGCUUCAAACCCUACUGAGCCAGCCACCAUCAUAUUUACAGCAGCUCGAGAGGGAAGAGAGACCCUGAAGUGCCUGAGCCACCAUGUUGCUGAUGCCUAUACCUCUUCCCAGAAAGUCUCUGCCAUUACAAUUGAUGGGGCCGAGAGAGCCUUGCAGGACAGUGACACAGUCAAGCUGGUUGUUGACUUGGAGCUGAGCUAUGGAUUUGAGAAUGGCCAGAAGGCUGCUGUGGUACACCACUUCGAAUCUCUUCCUGCAGGCUCUACCUUGAUCUUCUACAAGUACUGUGAUCAUGAGAAUGCUGCCUUUAAAGAUGUAGCCCUCGUUUUGACUGUUCUGCUGGAAGAGGAAAAAUUAGAAACAAAUGUAGGCCCAAGAGAAACUGAAGAAAAAGUGAGGGAUUUACUCUGGGCUAAGUUUACCAACUCAAACACCCCCAGCUCCUUCAACCACAUGGACUCAGACAAAUUGAGUGGGCUGUGGAGCCGUAUUUCACACCUGGUGUUGCCUGUCCAGCCAGUGAGGAACAUAGAAGAACAGGGGUGCCUUUUAUAAAGUUAAGCAGAGAGUUGGUCAUCUUAAAGCCUCAGUUUAUGAAGAAGUCAUUUUAAAAGGCCUUCCAUUUCUGUGGAAGGAGGUUGAUAAAUAUGAAGGAAUAGCCUGAGAAACACAAGUGAACUUACUUUAGAAGUUUUCAUUUUUUGCUAUUUGUAAAAUCUUUCUAAUCUAAGCUUUGAGAAAGCUAAAAAUUGACCUUACAUGAUUUUCUUUGCCUUUUCAAGCAAAUCAGGUUUAAAAUAUUGUAUAUAAAACUAAGGAAUUUUUUAAAUCCCAAAAUAGAGCCACAGAAUCAUUAUAUAGGAAGGUAUUCUCAGAGUAACUAUAGAGUAAGACUAAAGAGUUAUUUGGAUAGUCUUUGGAGUAAAGCCCAUGUUAUAAAGCAGUGGUAAUUUUUAGAAAAUUUUUGUAUUACAUGUUAAAUAUUUUUAAAACUCAUUUUAAUAACCUAGUUGUAGGAUUAUGUCUUUUACUUAAUUUGCACUUGGGUAGUGUGAAAAAGGAAAUAAUUUAAACCAUUAAAUCUUUUUCUAAUACUGUGUAAGGCACUAUCCUUUUAUUGUUAGGAAGCUGAGGUGAACGUGACCAUGUUCAGAAAAUAUUCGUAAAUAUUGGAGUGAAUGAGGAAGUUGUUUAUUUUUAUUAAAAACUGAGAAAUCCCCUUUGGUGUAUCUUUACUUCAGCUUUCUUGAAUCACUUAGAGUAGAGCUUCUUAAACUAUCAGUACCUGUACCUCUCCCCUUGGUAUCAGGGUAGUUCUGCUUCUGCCUGUUUUACAUCGUGGGGUUCUAUGUAAGAUUCCAUUAGAACAGGGAGUUUCACUAAUAAUGAAGUUUGAAAAACAUUGAUUAAAUGAAAGAAGAUCUUAGAAAUAUGAGUAGAAAAAGUUAUUAAAGAUAUCAAACCUUA